UAAUUUAAAGAGCGGCAAUAUUCUGGUAAUCGCAGAUGAGUCUAAAGAUUUAUUUAUUUAUUUGUUUUAACGUGAAUAGCCAAAAAUGCAACAUUUCCCAAGUUAAUUUAACACCUACACGUUUUAUCUGCAGGAUAUUUGUGUGUAUUCAUAAUGCUACGAUAUUUGAUCCACACAGAAAUAAAAAAACAGGCUACACCAGAGGCUGAUAAUGAAUUUAUUAAGGAUUUAGCAUGUUUAGCACAUUUUAAAAAUAGGCUACAACAAAAUAAUUCGUAUAGCUAUGUGUAGUUUAAAUUAUAAUAAACUGGCCAAGUGAUACAAGCAGGACACGAAUGUUUCCUCGGUUUUUAUUCUUGCAGAACAGAUCUGAGAAACUCUUUGUUUUGUUUGUUUUUUUUUUUUAUUAUUGCAACCAGAGAUAUUUGAAAUAGAAUUGCGCCUGCGGCCAAUAUCACAGAGAUGCUCAUACAAAUAAACUAAGUACUGUGGGGUUUUUUUUCCGCAUAAUAUUUGAGUGGGUUUGGAUGUUGCCAAGAAAAUCUUGGCUUCCUCAUCCGGGUACUUUGACCCCAGUGCCUGCUAUUGGCCUGAGCUGAGUCUCGUGAUCAAAGAAACUUUGCACGCUCCGUUUCUUUGCUGGGAGGGGUGGGCUUUUAUAGAGCAGUAAAACGACACAAAGAAGGAAAAUUUAUUUCUUCCCCCUCCCUAAAUUAAUGAUCAUGAGCUCGUAUUUGAUGAACUCGAACUACAUCGAUCCUAAAUUUCCUCCGUGCGAAGAAUAUUCGCAAAAUGACUACAUCAGUGCUGAAUGUUACAGACGCUCCCGGGACGCCGACUACCAGCAGGAGUUGUUAUAUCCUCAAAGUGUCACCUACCAGGAGGGCAAAUAUGAGUGUGAAAGCAUUCCCCAGCACGGGGGGCAUUUACAAGGGGCAAAAACAUACACACCUCCGACUGCUGCCCCUGCCACCCAGACAACUGCCCCUGAACUGCCCUCCGACAGCAAAGAGCCCGUGGUGUAUCCCUGGAUGAAGAAAAUCCACUCCAGUGCAGCGAACUCUUAUGGUUCAGAGCCCAAGCGAUCCCGCACCGCUUACACCCGCCAGCAGAUCCUGGAGCUGGAGAAGGAGUUUCACUACAGCAGAUAUUUAACCAGGAGGAGAAGAAUCGAGAUCGCCAACACGCUGUGUCUGAAUGAGAGGCAGAUCAAAAUCUGGUUUCAGAACCGCAGGAUGAAAUGGAAGAAAGAUCACAGAUUACCCAACACCAAGGUCCGACCUUCAUCCUCCUCCUCUUCCUCAUCUUCCUCAAACAGUGCAGCGCGAGACCAGGACAUCACAAAAAUUUAGACUAGAGGGACAUUUUAUGGACACCAA